AAGCGUCCAGAACUGUGUCUUCUUUUCGGAGACAGUGCUGCCUGUCUCCAGCCGGAAGAGCAGCAUCUAAACUAAACAUCAGCUGCUCUCCAGAGAAAACCUCCUACGUGCGUGUGCCCGCGUGCCUGCGUGAGCGCGCACGUGUCCGUCAUCGGAGGAAAACCGACCAGGGUCUGACCCCCGCCGACCACUGAUGUGGGAACUUUCCGACAGAGAUGAUUAUCUGAAGUUUAAAGUCUCGAGAAAUUGCUUGAAUUUCCUGAGGGUCUGAAGUCGCAGCUUGGAGUUUGCUCUGUGUUUACUGUCACUGCGCAAAACAUGGCAAUAAUUCCAGCACUCAUCUUUCUGUGCGUGCUCCAAGCUGCAGUCCCUCAAGUCCCGCCACCGCGUGGACCCAGACCAAUACCUGGCCGAGGGGACAGUCCAGAACCAACUGUACCUCCACUCCAACCACUGCCCACACCGAGACCUGAGGGCUGUGAGCCCAAGAUAAUCGACUGUCCCAUCAAGCUGCUUUUCACCAUCGACACCUCAGAGACCAUCGCCUUGCAGGAGAUUCCUCCCGGCAGCCUGGUGGACAGCAUCAAGGAAUUCACAAAGGUCUUUGUCCAGAAGCUCGAACAUCAGGAGUACAGGGGCCAGAUCGACAUCUCUUGGUCCAUAGGAGGCCUUCACUUCUCCCAGACGCAGGUGGUCUUCAGCCAGUUCACCACCAAAGAGAACUUCAUCAGGAGUCUGCAAGACAUCGAAUACCUGGGCAAGGGCACCUACAUCGACUGCGCCCUCAAAAACAUGACUCACCUGAUGACCCAGCACAACACAGGGACCAAGGCCGUCCUCUUCUCGGUGUUCAUCACUGAUGGCCACGUGACAGGAAAUCCAUGCGGUGGGAUCAAGAUGAUGGCGGAGAAGGCCCGGGAGAAAGGCAUCCAGAUAUUCUCAGUGGCAGCGACCAGGGUCAUCGAUGACCUGGGGAUGAGAGAGAUAGCCAGCUCUCCCCACGAACUGUUCCGAGACGACUAUAUAGUGGUGGAGCUGGGGGACAACAACCUAAACAUAAGCACUUCAUCCAUUGAUCGGAUCAUAAAAGCCAUGAAAUAUCAAGCAUAUUUACAGUGUUAUAAACCGGCCUGCUUGGAGGUUGAUGGGAACCGUGGACCAAAAGGGUCUCCAGGUCAAAAAGGCAUAAAAGGAGACAGAGGCAAUAAAGGAACAAAGGGUGAAAAGGGUAAACAGGGUGAUCCCGGUAUUGAAGGUCCAAUUGGACGCCCCGGUCCAAAGGGAGAGACUGGUUAUAGAGGUGACAAGGGUGAAAUCGGAUUAAGUGGAGCAAGGGGUGUGAAAGGUUCACCUGGCAAGAACGGAACUGACGGACAAAAGGGAAAAAUCGGCCGCAUUGGAGCUGCUGGUUGCAAAGGUGAUCCAGGUGACAAGGGACCAGACGGCUACCCUGGUCUAGUUGGUGAAUCUGGGCAACAAGGGGACGAUGGGGAAAAGGGUGACCCAGGCAUCCCUGGGAGGUCAGGCCCCCCAGGCCCUCUGGGUGAGCCAGGACCACAGGGCGAAAUUGGAAAUCCUGGAAAUCCGGGGACACCAGGGCAACGGGGGAAUCCGGGGCCUAAAGGAUUACCUGGACCGAAAGGCGCAGAGGGGAGGAGAGGAGACCCUGGAACAAAGGGGGGACCUGGACUUAACGGGCCAAAGGGAAUAAAGGGAGAACGAGGGCCACUGGGAGGCAGAGGUCGGCCAGGGGAAGACGGAUUCAAAGGCUCGAAGGGAGACCAAGGAUUACCAGGACCGAGGGGUCCACCAGGAGAACCAGGGGCCCCUGGAGAUAAUGGAAGUGUGGGAGAUCCUGGAGAUCCUGGACCUAGAGGAGACUCUGGGCCGCCGGGACCACUUGGUGACAAAGGAAGAGCAGGAUUCAACUACCCAGGACCAAGAGGACCAACUGGAGACAGAGGUGAACCGGGCAGGAGAGGACCCAGAGGAGGCAGAGGUGAAUGUGGGGCAAAAGGAGAAAUUGGGAAUAAAGGAACGACAGGAGACCGCGGGAAACCAGGACAGCCGGGGGAGCCAGGACUCAGAGGACCCAGAGGAGACCCUGGACUUAAAGGGGGUCCGGGAUCUGUGGGCGAUCCUGGCCUCACUGACUGUGACGUCAUGACUUACGUCAGGGAGACGUGUGGUUGUUGUGACUGUGAGAAGCACUGUGGAGCUCUGGACAUUAUAUUUGUAAUCGACAGCUCAGAGAGUAUCGGAGAAAGUAAUUUCACCCUGGAGAAGCACUUUGUUGUCAACACCGUCAACAGACUGGGAUCUAUGGCCUCUGACCCUGCGUCACCAACUGGCACAAGAGUGGGAGUUGUACAAUUCAGCCACUUAGGGACCUUUGAAGCUAUCCAUCUCAAUGACUCAACCAUAAACUCUUUGUCUGCCUUUAAAACGGCAGUGAAGAACCUAAAGUGGAUUGCUGGGGGCACUUACACACCGUCAGCUAUCAAGUUCACCUAUGAUACCUUCAUCAAGGCCAGCAGGAGGGCAGGAGCAAGCGCAAAUGUGGUCGUGGUCACAGACGGCCGCUAUGACCCUAACGAUGACGACAGCAAACUCCGGUACCUUUGCGACCCCAAUGUGGUUGUCAAUGCCAUUGGGGUUGGCGACAUGUUUCACCAGAUACACGAUAACGAGAAUCUGCUGUCUAUAGCAUGCCACAAUAAAAACCGAACCACUACAAUGAGGCGUUACACUGACUUGGUAGCUGACGACUUCAUGGAAAAGAUGGAAACUGUGCUGUGUCCCAAUCCAGAAAUUAAGUGCCCUGAUCUCCCCUGUAAAAAUGGCCCUGAUGUAGCUCCAUGUGUCGGGCGUCCAGUGGAUUUGGUGUUUCUAUUAGAUGGCUCAGAGCGCCUCGGCACGGAGAACUUCCGCUAUGUUGGAGAAUUUGUGCAGAAGGUGGCAGACAGACUGGAACUGGCCAGGAGCAGGUCUGAUCGAAUGCGAGCCCGUCUGGCACUGACAGAGUUUGGCAAGGAAAACGAGAAUCAGGUGGCCUUCACGCUCACACAUGACCCGGUCAUCAUUGCUAACGGUAUAAGAGCCUUACCUUAUCUGGACUCUUCCUCAAGCGUGGGGCCCGCCAUCUUCCACACCAUCGACAACAUCUUGGGUAGAGGAAACACUCGCCAAACGAGACGCCACGCAGAGCUUUCAUUUGUUUUCAUCACAGAUGGCAUCACAGAUAGCAACAACCUGGACGAGGCGGUUAGUGCCAUGCGAGGGCAGCAGGUCGUCUCCACGGUGAUUGCUACAGGAAGUGACGUUGAUCAAGAUGUCCUAAUGAAGCUGGCAAUGGAGGACCAGGACGCCAUUUUCAAAAUACAAAAAUUAACUGAUCUGCUUGACUCCAGGUUCUUUGACCGUUUCAUCCGGUGGGUGUGUUAAAGAGGGCCCCUGCGCAUGUGAGAAUUAUACUGGUGCUACAGAUGUUAAUCUAGCAUUUUAAAGGAUAAUUCCAGUUUAUUUCAACCUGGUGUUUUUACCAGCUAAAGAGCAGUGUGUAAGGAUUUAGUGGCAUCUAGCAGUGAGGAUGCAUGAUAGCUAUCACUUGAGCAUAAAAAAAGUACAAGGCCCUCUUUGGAGCAAGUGAUAGGGUUGUUGGAUUAUGUUCAUUUUGCCAUUGCUUACUAUAAAAUAACGUUACUUUUAAACCGAUAAAUCAAUAAGGACAGUAUGUUUUUACCAUGCUGAUAUGUUUCGACGUGUGAUGACGUGUCCUUUUUUUUAUCACGUGGCGGAUCUGACAGAUCUGUCAGAAGAAGCGGGCGAGCAGUUCCAUGAACCGGGACAAGGGGGCCUACACCCUCUCACACACCUGGGAUUCCAUCCUCCAGAGACCACUGGACAGCGGGGGGCGUGACAGAUCUGUCAGAUCUGUCAGAUCCGCCACGUGAUAAAAAAAGGACAUGUCAUCACACGUCGGAUGUCGCUCUGAGGAAAACUACAGAUGCAGUCGAAACAUGUCAGCAAGGUAAAACCAUAUGGUCCUUAUUGAUCUGUCAGUUUAAAAGUAACGUUGUUUUAAAGUGAUAGGGUUGUCUGUUCUGGGUAACUGUAGAAAUAUGACAUUGCAAUCAUAAUCCAAGUUAGAGGACUUGUUCCCUUUGUAGAUAUGAAAUGCUCAUUGUAAGCUAAUGGAAACCCAAUGAAUUACAGUUACAGAUGCACUCCAUUUCUGCCAAUAGAUCCUCUAAAUCCUACACAGUCGGAUCAUUCUCUAGCACUGACACAGGGAUGUGUAGAAAGGUUUCACUGCACCUAAUUACCAUUCUGCUAUAGGGGGCAAAAAAAAGCUCUGGUGUGUUUGUAUUUCUGUGGACCAAUCAUGACUGUCUUAUGUGUACUUUUUGUUCAAACUUUAUUCAUGAAAAAAAUAACAGUUUUUGGGAAGCUGCAGGGAGCUUGUGCUUGUUGCCGUAAUAUAUGCUGUAUGUGCGACUCCUUGUUUUUCCAAAUCUCUAAAACAGAAGUGCAAACUUAGCAUGACCAGAUAUACCAUGUUGAAAUAAACUGGAAACUAUGCAUGGUACAAUUUGCAAAUAAUGUCACAGCAUUGUGCUUUAUACCAUUUUGUAAAAAAAAAAAAAAAGAAGAAGAAAAAGCUGUAUUCAUCUUGAGUACUUUGUGAUACAGAAAUAUAACACAAGCCAUGCAUUCUUUAUCAACCAUUAAGCUUUACUGUUUUGACAUAAUAAACCUGCAGUUAGGAAGA